UGUUCUCCAAGUCAGAAGCCCCGCAGCCGGCCGCGGCGGCGCGAGUCCAGCACACACUCUGCGGGUCCGCCAGCGAGGGUGACCCCGGGGCCGCCGCCGCGCCCCGCCCCGCCCGCCUGGCCUCGCCUCGCCUCGCCUCGGCUGGGACCCACCCGCAGCAGCGGAGGCUGAGCCUGUCGGCGACUGCCCGGAGCUCGCCCACCUCCCCGCACCGCCGGAGCGCAGGCAAAAGGGAAAGAAAGAUUUCUCUCUUUGGUCACCACUCUUUCUCGCUCUCUCCAAGAAUUUGUUUAAGGAAACGCUGCAGGAAAAAGACAUCUUCCUGAAUCCUCUGUCGGGGCGGGGUCUGCCGCUGCCCUGCGGUGCCACCUCAGCGACACUACCCUCCGCUAGGACCCCUGACCGGAGGGGUCACGUCCGAGAGACGGCAUCAUGAAGCGCUCGGUGGCUGCUUGGCUCCUGGCUGGGCUCAGCCUCUGUGUCCCUCAGUUCUGCAAAGGUGAUGUUUGUGACCCCAAUCCAUGUGAAAAUGGAGGUAUCUGUUUGUCAGGAUUGUCUGACGAUUCCUUUUCUUGCGAGUGUCCAGAUGGCUUCACAGAUCCCAACUGUUCUAGUGUUGUGGAGGUUGCAUCAGAUGAAGAAGAGCCAACUUCAGCAGGUCCCUGCACUCCUAAUCCAUGUCAUAAUGGAGGAACCUGUGAAAUAAGUGAAGCAUACCGAGGGGAUACAUUCAUAGGCUAUGUUUGUAAAUGUCCCCGAGGGUUUAAUGGGAUUCACUGUCAGCACAAUAUAAAUGAGUGCGAAGCUGAGCCUUGCAAAAAUGGUGGAAUAUGUACAGACCUUGUUGCUAACUAUUCCUGUGAGUGCCCAGGAGAAUUCAUGGGAAGAAAUUGUCAAUACAAAUGUUCGGGCCCAUUGGGAAUUGAAGGUGGAAUAAUUUCAAAUCAGCAAAUCACAGCUUCAUCUACCCACCGUGCUCUUUUUGGACUUCAGAAAUGGUAUCCCUACUAUGCACGUCUCAAUAAGAAGGGGCUUAUAAAUGCCUGGACAGCUGCAGAAAAUGACAGAUGGCCAUGGAUUCAGAUAAAUUUACAAAGAAAAAUGAGAGUUACUGGUGUGAUUACUCAAGGAGCCAAGAGGAUUGGAAGCCCAGAGUAUAUAAAAUCCUACAAAAUUGCCUAUAGUAAUGAUGGAAAGACUUGGGCAAUGUACAAAGUGAAAGGCACCAAUGAGGACAUGGUGUUCCGUGGAAAUGUUGAUAACAACACACCCUAUGCUAACUCUUUCACACCCCCCAUAAAAGCUCAGUAUGUGAGACUCUAUCCCCAAAUUUGUCGAAGACACUGCACUUUGAGAAUGGAGCUUCUUGGAUGUGAACUGUCAGGCUGUUCUGAGCCUCUGGGGAUGAAAUCAGGACAUAUACAAGACUAUCAGAUCACUGCCUCCAGCAUCUUCAGAACUCUCAAUAUGGACAUGUUCACCUGGGAACCAAGGAAAGCUCGGCUGGACAAGCAGGGCAAAGUGAAUGCCUGGACCUCCGGCCACAAUGACCAGUCGCAGUGGUUACAGGUGGAUCUUCUAGUCCCCACCAAAGUAACUGGCAUUAUUACACAAGGAGCUAAAGAUUUUGGUCAUGUGCAGUUUGUAGGCUCCUACAAACUAGCUUACAGCAAUGAUGGAGAACACUGGACAGUAUACCAGGAUGAAAAGCAAAGAAAAGAUAAGGUUUUCCAGGGCAAUUUUGACAAUGAUACCCACAGAAAAAACGUCAUUGACCCGCCCAUCUAUGCUCGGCACAUAAGGAUCCUUCCUUGGUCCUGGUAUGGGAGGAUCACGCUACGGUCGGAGCUUCUGGGCUGCACAGAGGAGGAGUGAGGAGACCCCACACCCUGCAACUUUCCUAUUUUCCUAAAGUAUCUCCAUGGAAUGAACUCUGCAAAAUCUAUAGGAAACUGAAUGGGAUUUUUCAUGAAAAAGUGCUCAAAUUACGGUAGGCCACUAUCUGUCUUCUUAAGGAGGUCUAAGCCUGCCUUUUCAAAGGUUUAAUUUGAUUUUUAUCAUUUAAAUUUCUUAAGCAACAUCACAUUAGCUGUGAAUUACUUUUCUUAUUGUUUUCUAACUUGUUCAUUCCAAUUGAAAUAUGUUAGGCAAAGAAAGUAGCACUCUUUUGAUAGGGGAAAAAAAUCUCAUAGUUAUCAAAUAAAAGCAAAAGUUAUUAGAGCUUUCAUAAUCAAUACUCAGCUUAUUCUUAUAAAAAGAAUACUGCAAUGUUAGCAAUAAGUUUUUUUUCUUCUGUAAUGAGUCUAUAUUAUUCUAAUUAUUUAACUGUGCCUACCAAACACUGUCAGUGUUUAAAACCGAAUUUUGAAGAAGAAUCUGUAACAUGCAGUACUAAUUGACAUUAUAAUUCUCAUUUUGUUUUUAUUUCUAAUCAGAGAUUAUGUGACCUUUCUUUUUGUGCUAUUCUAUAUUCUAUAUAUUAUAUAUUGCCUGAAUAAGUCCAUACUUUUCCCAGUCGACUUUUGUCCUAUUACUUGCCUACAAGAAAUAUACAUACACACACAUAUAUGAAACAUGAUUCAGUAUCAGUAGAUUAAGCAUAUUUAAUAUCAGUAGAUUGAAUCUGCAAUUCUUUUGUUUUUGAAGGAAGCUAUAAAACUAUGUAAUCUCCAAACACUUUAAAGACCCCAAUACUACCAUUUUUCAAAAUAAACAACAAAAUCCCAUUAUGCUUCUUUAAAACAAAAUUUAAAUCUUUGUUUUCAUGGUAUUUCCAUAGCCUUAUCAUUAAAAUAAUAGAAUAAUAAAUUGUCUAUUAAUUUUUUUUAGCAAACAAAUAUUGACAUAGUGCUGCAUAACUUGGCCAAGCAUACUCCUCAUUUCUUUGUUCAUCUCUGCAUUUCCUGUGAAACUAGAGUUUUCUUGAGGUUUGAAGGUGGUAGUGGUUUCUCAGGAAAGCACAGUGUGUAGGUAUUUGUGAGAAGAGAUGUAUUUACUAAUGACAAAGUACUGAACCAUUUUCAAGGUGAAAAUCGAUUUCUAUUUAUUUUGCUUCAAAGGUCCUGAAAAAAUAAGCAAUUAUCAUAACUAUUUGUUAUUGAUAAUGGAGGUUUCAUUGACAUUCUCUCAAAUUAAAGCUCACACUGCCUCCAUGAAAGUCCUCAACAUCUAAUUUAUAAGUUUUACAAGUAUUUGUUUUAUAAGGCUUAGACACAGAAUUACUGGGGUUUUAAAUUAAGUGUCCUGGAAAAGAAAGUAUGGUAUGUGUACAAAACAUUGAGGUCCUGUGCAACACUACUAAGUUUUAUUUUUUUUCUUAUUAUUUGUGCUGCAUAACAAAAGCCACUAGACUGUUACUGUCUUGUCUGUCCAUGUGUUAACAGCAUUUCUUGAUGAUGUAUAUAUGGAGUGGUCUUCAAUCAUAGUGAAGAAUUUAAAGAGAAAGUCAAUCAUAAUGUCAUUUUUAAUAAGAGCAAAAUUAGGACUGGCUGGCCACAUAUUUGUCCUAUGCCCACACGCUUUCUACUUCAGGCUCUUAUUAUAAAAUUGUUGAUUUGACGUAUCUGAAAUGGUGAUCAGUCUUUAGAAUCUUUCAAAAGCAAAACUGCCAUGUCAUCAAUAUCACCUUUUUAAAGAUAAAUUUAAAUUAGGAAUUUAUGUAUUUUUAAUUUGCUAAAUUUUAAGGUCAUGUUACAAGUAAUUAAUUAGGUCCAAAGAAACAUACACACUUACUAAGUAGCCAAUGGCCCUUAUUUCUUUAAAGAUUUACUGUCCCACUGAAUUUCUAGCCAUUUUUCCUUAUAGGUUAUGCACAAUUCUUGAUUCUUUUCAGAGGGUGUUUUUAAAAUUGUAAUUUUUUGUAAUGAUUUACUUUCUCAAAAUUAUUCAUGGCUUCUUAUAAUUUGAAUUUUAUUUUAUUCAUAGUUUUUUCAAGAAAAUAUUUUCAAAGGGAGUUAAAAUUUUGUUACCUUUUAGAAAUACAUGUAAAUGGCUUCCUCUUGCUUGUGCAUUUUCUCUCCGCUCCAUAUGCUUUUCACCAACAUGGAAUAUCUUGGGAUAUCUUUUUAUCCCAUUAUGCCACAAAUUAAUGACAAUAAAGGAAUUCCCACAUGUGGAAAUGUUAAUUGUUGUGAAGUAGUAUGUACCUUUGUGUCAUUUGUAUCAAUGACAUUAAAGUGAAGCAAAUUUAUUCUAUUUAAAUUCACAGUAAAACCAGUAAAAUCUCAUAAGAACAAGGCACAGCAGGAUCACCUAGCCUUCACUAUGCUGAGUUAACUAUAACAUGCUAAUUUUAUAAUCUAUGAAAUUAAAAUUUUAAACAGCUUCAGUUUAUCUAGGUCUUAUUAAAAGCAUUUAUCAUAAUCAUUAAUUCUAACUUUAGGGUUGACUUUCUCUUUCUGAAUGAUUUCAUAAGGGUUUAUGUGAAUUUUGAAGACUUAGGGUACUAAUGAUUGUAUCUUUGCUAGUCAACAAAUUAUGAAUUAUAAUAUUCACUGCUGGCGUCUGAUGUGUCAGUAAGUAAAGAAAUAACUAAGACACAAAUAACCUUUGCAAGCUUUCAAGCUGUGUAAUAUUCCAAUGUUGGGUUUUUUCUUUGUGUAUAUACUUAAAUCAUGUAGGAUGUUGUAAAAUCAGUAUGACCUUGUCUAGUCUUCAAAGUUAAAAUAAACUUUUGAAAAUCUGG